GUGGUUUUAAUCCUUGUUCAACCAACUUUAAGACCGCAUGUAGCCUAAGUAAGUCUAGAAUUGAUUAGAAUGAAGUUUGACAGAGCUUUCUUUGUGUUAACUUUACAGAAUCAAUUAAACAGGAUCAGUCCAAUUCAUUGGAUGUUAACAAUUCAAAAGACUUCAAAGGGUUGGUAACCCAUGGUGAUGGUAAUGACGCGGAUGAUAAAAACACUGAUGAUCAUGAGUCCAAAGCAACUGCUGCAGCACCUAUCACACAAUCGACCCAGAAACCUUCAUCCAAAAGACAUUCUGACAUUGACAUGGCAAAAAUGAUGCCAUCUAUGGCAGCAGUCAUGCCAUCCAAAGAGGCAGUGGUGACAGGAGAGCAGGCAGUAAAUAAUGAAAGCUUUCCUCAGGCUACUUCGGGAGAUAAGAAUUGGCAGCAAAGUCAGCUCUCUUCUGCAUUGGAGGACAUAACACCUCAAGAUGUACCAUCAAUUUCUGCUCAAGGCAAAGUAAACAAUAUUGAAAGAGUUGUCCCAUCUCCAUCAAAUUCCACAUCACCAGCUUCCUCGUUGCAACACAGUCCAAUAACUGAGCCAACUGUUGUCAACAUCACUAACACCACAGAAGUGAACCUAGCACAAAGUAGUGAAAAUGCAUCUUCUACAACUCCCCCUGCAGUAACUUUGA